AUGAAAGAAUACAAAGAAUACGAAAAGAAAAAGGAAAGAAGUAGCUUAGCGCAUAUAAGGUUCAAGAAUGAUUUGCUCGAAGAGCUUGAGUUUGAAGCUGCUAUAAACGUUGUCGGUAACCUCGAACGCGAGGUUCCAAGCUUCGAGGUGGCGGUUGGCGUAAGCGCGAGCUUCGUCUUGAUUGAGCUUGCGAAAAGGGGUUUGGUCGUCAAGUCGUUCCAAGCUCCAAUUCCAAGUGGUCCGGAAGGCGUAGCCGUGAAUUACCUUAAAAGGAGAAAGGCCGCCGAAGGAGUCGUGAAGGAGCGUCAAUUGGGCGAAGUCCAUUAUAAAGAGGAACUCGCUCCAAUCGUCUUGGUAGUAGCUCACGAAGGGACGGAAGCGCUUCUGCAAGUACUGGUUAUAGAUUUCGGUCUGACCGUCAGUCUCAAGGUGUGCGGCGGUGCUAAAGAUAUGGUAGAUAUAAAGCUUGGCGAAGCUUCUAGCGUCGAUGGACUUAUGACAAGGGAUCGAGAUUGCUUGCUUAAAGAAGCGGUCGAUUACUAUAAGAACGUUAUCGUAGCCGUGUUUGUCUUUAUUAAAGCUACAAAAAUCUAUAGUGACGUGCUCUUAAGAGCGCGAAAGGAUCGGGAGAGGUUAGAGCAAGCUAGGUUUCUUAUCGCGAAGCACUGA